UAGAAAGUAUGUACUAAUACUUUUAUAACAGAGUGUUUGUUAUAUGCUCCAAAAUAAUUAUAUUUAGAUGAAGAUUUGGGUUUGCCAGAAGUUUGUUAUGAAAGUUAAAAAUAGAUGAAUGUGGCAGACUUUGAUUCUGGAUGCAUUGUGAGAAAAAACAGUGAGGAUAUUUUGUUUCUGAUACAACCAUAUUGAUAGCUUUCAAUGUUGAUUACUAUUUAUGGAUAUACGAGGCCUCAUUAAGCAAAGGGUAGCUUUGAUGCCUGAAGUUUCUCAUCAAGUUAAUAUAGCUUAGCCAGAGGACAAGAGUGGCAUAAAUUACAUUCAGUCUAAAUACCACUUAGUUUGAAUUAAUUUAAGUAACCAUUUAAUUAGUAAUACAACCUAUGUUUCUGUAUGGAACAUAAGCGAAUAAAAGCUGUAAGAUAUUGCUAACUAUUGAUUAUAGAAAUUAUCAUUUGAUUUAUAAACUUUGCUAAUUAAAGAGUAUUACAUGUUUUAGGUGCUGGGGAACUCAAAACUGAAUCUGAAAGAUUAAAGCAAUGUGGCAAUGAAUUUUUCUCACCAGGUAGUGAAAAGGAAAGAAAAGAACAGUGUAGUGAUAAUGCAGUUUUAGAUGGCAACCAUAUAAAACCUGAAGAAUUAAAAAUGGAAUUUAAAAAGAAUAAUUUUGGAGAAGCAAAGGUAAUUGUGGAGAAAGUUGACCUACAUAAUUUUUUGCCCCCAUUCACAUCAACACAAAAAGAAAUUAACUUGGAGAAAGUUGCAGUAACUAAACCAAAGAUACCAUUUGAAAAGACCAAAGAUUUUGAAAAUAGUGACUCUUCCCAUUUGAGUAACAAACUGAAAUCAUUAGAAUUGCAAAAAUUUAGUGUGUUUGAGAAAGUGGAUGAUAUGACUAUCUCAAAACAAAAAUGUUCAACUAUAAAAUCACUUUUUUCUGAAAUUAGCCAGAAGUCACUUUCUAAUGGUAUUUCGCAUCUUGGUAGCAUUCCUAACCUUGUACAUCAGGAAAAGCAUACUAUUUUUGGCAAAAGUAGUCAGUUGGCAAGCGAAAGAAAGAAAUUUCUAACACCAUGUGUACAUAUAAAAGAUUUCAAGCUUUCUACAAUUUCCAAUGUGCAUGCCACUUGCCGAAACAUGCAGUGUGUUCAGUGUAACUCAUUUAUUUCUAGCCUUUCGACUUCGCUUAAAGAUAUCAAGAAACAUAAAACAAUAAGAGGUACAAAUCAGAAUUCAUUAUAUCAUAAAAAUACUUCACAUUCUAUGGUUCAAAAUAAUAAAGCUGUAACAAAAUCAUUAGAAUUGCAAAAAUUUAGUGUGUUUGAGAAAGUGGAUGAUAUGACUAUCUCAAAACAAAAAUGUUCAACUAUAAAAUCACUUUCUUCUGAAAUUAGUCAAAAGUCUCUUUCUAAUGGUAUUUCGAAUUUUGGUAGCAUUCCUAACCCUGUACAUCAGGAAAAGCAUACUAUUUUUGGCAAAAGUAGUCAGUUGGCAAAUGAAAGAAAGAAAUUUCUAGCACCAUGUGUACAUAUAAAAGAUUUUAAGCUUUUUACAAUUUCCAAUGUACAUGCCACUUGCCAAAAUGUGCAGUGUGUUCAGUGUGACUCAUUUAUUUCUAGCCUUUCGACUUCACUUAAUGAUAUCAAGAAACAUAAAACAAUAGGAGGUACAAAUCAGAAUUCAUUAUAUCAUAAAUAUACUUCACAUACUAUGGUUCAAAAUAAUAAGGCUGCGACAAAAGCUACAAUUUCAUCAAAAGAAUUGAAGAAAAUUAAAAAAGAGAAAAAAGUGAAACAUUGGCAGUCAGCAAAGUUAAAGUAUCGUUGUGAUGCUUACAAAACUUUGAUAGAAUAUUUAAGCUAAACUAAAAUAGAUUCAAGUCGAGAAGCCCACCAUACAUUAUCAUUAAAUAAGCUGCAUAAUAAUAAAGAUUUCAGUGGCAUCGAACAUAAAGAUUUUUCAAAAUUUUCUGGUUCAAAAAUUAUAAGCAGCAAAAAAUUUCAUCAACAAAAUCAAUUAAGCAGGUCAAAUUUGUUUGAGAAUUUCAGUGUAUUAUGCCCUAAUGAUAAAAACUAUUAUCAAAGGUAAAAGUGUCAGAUAAAAUAUCUUCUAAAAUAGCAAAUGGGAGAUGCAUUUUACACCAAUCAGGUUGUGAGAGAAUUUCUGCUUGUCUGGAAUAUGAGGGCAUUACUAAGAGUCCAUGUAUGCCAGUUAAAGUAUAGCAAUAUUUUUAUAAUUUGCGAAGUUUUCAUUGCUCUGAUUCUCUUUAUAUUAAUAAAUCCUGAGAAAAUGUAUGUGUCAGUGAUUGAAAACAGUUGAUUCUGCCACAAUGUCUCAUUGCAUUUCCACUUCUUGAAACGUUAUUUUUUAUUUCAUUUUUUUAUCAUGUGUCACAUAUCACCUAGUUUAUAAAAAGGUAUUUUAUAUGUAUGUCACAAAGAUGUUGAUAAUUUCAUCUUUUUUUUUUAUUAUAACCAUAAAUGUUUAUUACAUUUUUAUUACAAAUUAAUUUUAACAUGUUGAUUUUUAUGAAAAUUUGGAUUAGUUUUAGUGUAAUUAAUUGAAAUUUUCAAGAUACAAGGAAAGAAGAAAAAAAAUUAUGUGUAAAUUCGUUAUUCAAAACUAAUCAGUUGAGAAUAUGAAAAAUUUCAAUUCAAGGCAACAAUUAAUUCGUUUGGCUAUCUUUAAUCUUAGAACUUUAACUGCAACUUAAAUAUUCAAAUUGCUAUCUUUAAAUUUUUAAGUAUUAAGAAUGUCUCUAACCACGAUAAGUUAAGAUAAAUGGAAUAUAGCAAUAUCCUUUCCCUCUUAUUUUUAAUAAAUAGAUUUUUUAUUUUUAAUCCUUAACAGAAUGGAUAUUUUUCUACUCGUGCUGCAUUUAAAAGGGUAUUGAAACAAUUUAUUUUUUGAUGAUGUAUUAUUGAAAAAUAUAUGUUUUCUGUGUUUCAAGAGUAUUUAUUAUUUUUACUAUGUAAUGUAAAAUGUUCAUGUGGGAUUAUUAUUAGUGAAGUAGUUUUGUACCAUUUUAUAUUAAUAUGUGUGAGAGAUACUAUUUUUGAGUGGACAAACUGUCUAGCUAUAUUUCCUGUCACUUUUUUGUGUAUUGAAGUGUACUGCAGGGCACUAGAUGUAUGAAAAGCUUUUCUGAUGUUAUUAUUUGUAUUAUGCCUAUAUAAAAUUCACUUUCAUAACAAAUGCAUUUAUAAUUAGGUAAAUAAAGGUAUGGAAAAAAUGACUAAGCAUUGAAAUUAAAAUCAUUUUUAAAUUUUGAAAUACAGUCACAUAUAUGGAAAAACAUAAAUUGCUUGGUGUGUGGAUUCCCCCCCCUUUUUCCUUUCCUUUCUUUUUUUGAAUUAUAUUCUGUAAAUUACUUUUUGAUCUACCUAUAAAUAAUUUUUGCAUACUGGCUAGAUCAGGGGUUCUCAAUCUUUUUUGCUCCAUGCACACCUUUCACCGUUGCUAAGUUGUCAUGCCUCCUACUCGUUUCCAAAAUUUUAAAAAUGCAUAUCCACUUAUUUAAAUUUGGAUUAUUUUUAAUGUAUUUUAUAAAUUAAACAAGUAUAGAAAAUGUUGGCAAAUACAUAAACUUGAAUAAAAGUAAUGUUUUGUAUUCAUAAAUUAAAACUUAGUAGGUAACUAGAAGGCUGACCGCAUUCCCCCCCGAUUGAGAACGCCUGGAUGAGAUAAACUGCUGGGAUGUAAGAUUUUAUUUAAACUGUAUAGUACUUAUUGAAUAAGAAAAACGUUAAUUAUUGAAAAUAAGUAACUAAUUUGCUAAUUAUUAUUAUUUUUUAAUGAGGUUUUGUUUGUUUUCAAAAUUUUGGUCAGAAAUCUUGAUGUUUCACAUCAUUUAUAUUAUGUUUUUAUCUUGUUAAUAAAUUUUAGAGGUACUAGUACCUCCUAGUGGGGUAAAUAAAUUUUAAAAUUUGUUUGAAUCAGCUCAUCCAUUCCAUAACAACAAAGUAUAUUUAACCAGAUUAAAAAACUGUAGUGUAAUGUAAAAAUGUAUUAAGUUAUAACUAUUGCUUUAUUUAUUGUUUAAAAAUGAAAUUUUUGGAACAUGACUUUGGUGAUUUGCAUAUAAUUCCAAUUUAUAAUAAAAGCAAAAAAGUUUUUUUGUGAAAUAUUAGAUAAAAAAUAUAUUUGAAUGUGUUCAUCCUGACAAAAUUUGAUUUAAGAACAGCAUUUAUGUUGUAAGUGUACUUGGAAGACAAAAUAAAGAUUUGUAUUUAUUUAUUUAUUAA